UGCCAUUGCCGAGAUCAUCCGCCAACGAGCACUUCCAACUCGCUCUCUAUAAUUCCACGCUCACUUGAAGCUAUAGGUUUUUAGCCUUCACCUGUUGCGCGGCCGGUCGAGAAAAUAAGGCAAUACCAUGGUUUCACCUACUGUGAAUGUUGCCCGAUACACGGCUCUCUUUUCUGGUGUUGUCUAUGGCUGGUACCACCGUCGAUCCCUACAAGCAGCACACAAUGUGCACAAAACUCAGCAUGCGGAGCACGAGCGAGAGCGGUUGAUUGCAGAGGCAAAGGAGGCAUGGAAGAAGAAACAAGAGACAGCAAAGGCUGCUACUACGGAUUCCCUCAUCACAGAUCCAGAAGACCCACGGUUCGACCUGGAGAAGCUGAUUGCAAAGUGGGAGAAGGCAGCAUAACAGUGUUACCCUUGUUCGUCCAUGGAUUGCUUAUAGACAUGUUAAGCCGCCAACAAAAGACGCAUAAUAUUGACCCUGGCAGUAUACCUUGUCUGACUUGCAAACGUUGAAUAUGUUCGUAAAUACAAGUAUUUUGUUCGAUUCGUCUUGGCGUAUACUCGUAUACAAAAAAUCAAGAAAGUUUAUGCCUCCG